UGGUUACAAUCUAGGAAAUCUGUAUAUGUAAUUAUUUCUCUGCUCUUUCAUGGACCCCCACCACCUUCCUUCCUGGCUCUCAUGGCAAUAGAGAGGCCAUGAAAGGAGCAGUUGUCCUUCCAAAUUUGAUGGUUUGUCCUUUUUAAGUACUUGACAAUCGCCUUUUCGACUAUGGUCCAUAUGGGGCACCACAAACUGUAUAGAACCAACCUAACUUACCCAUGACACAAUCAGCAUAUCUUUGUUUGAAGGAGUUCUGUUGUCUCCGGCUUCCUCUUCCCUUGUUUCAGGUUCUUCAGCUACCAUGUCUAUAUUCCAUUUAAUAAUUUUCAUUUGGGUCCGUCUGUCGAUAAGCGACCUUGUCCUUCUUACUUCUGCCUCAUGUUGCCCACACUUUGUUCAACAAACAAGUCGACAGUUCGAGCAGAAAACAGAUCGGUUCUGGGAGUUUCGAGAGCAAUCUAACAGCUGGGUUGAAGUGAAACCUCCUGUUGAUCUUGUAUCUUGUGUUAAUGAUAACUGUACUAAAGUGGGCUUGAUUGAUCAAACAACAAAAGCCAAAGAAGAGGACUUACAAAAAGAAAAAGAUCCUUCUAAACAAAAGAAGCAUUUAAAAACGAAGGAGGGUGAUAUAGGAGAAAUAGAGGAGAACUGUUGGACAGUUUUGCCUCAAAGAAAAAGAAUUUCUUUGACUAAAAUGUCAGAAACAUCCAUUUGGGUCACAGGUGAAAGUGGGUCUAUCUAUGAGAGGUUCUGGAAUGGAGUUCAGUGGGUGAUAGCACCACAUGACUUGCAGAUGUCAGCAGGUCGUGCAAUCUCUGUUUUGAUAGUUAACCAGACAAUUCUUGCUAUCUCAGAAGAAGGAAAUCUAUAUCAGAUGCAACUCGGUGACAGCUCACAGCCAAUUUGGGUGGAGUUCAAACCUGCAUUCAAUCAAAGUACAAAUAAAGAAGCAGAACAGAGUUCAGUAGUUCAAAUAAAGUCUGGUACUGUUACAAAUGAUGGGCUGAGAGUUUAUUUCUGCACCAAGAAUGGCUUGUUGCUGGAACUGAGUGAGGUUGAGCCUCUAAGGUGGGAGAAUCAUGGCCGACCACCAGGAGCAGAUGUUGCAGCAAUAGCUGAUGCGGCGACUGUUAGAACAGAAGUAGUAUAUACAAUAAGCUCUACAGGUGAUCUCUAUGAAUAUGAUAAGAGCUCGAGGCCAUCAUGGAAGAAACAUCUACACAGUGAAGAAACAGCAGAGGAUGGUUCUCUGAUACCAUUAAAGGGGUGUACCAUACAUGGCUUUAGUGGAGAUCACUCUGUGUCCUUGUUUCUGCUAACACAGGGGGGUAUGUUGGUAGAGAGACGACUGCAUCAAAGGAAAUGGAAAUGGAUAAGCCACGGAAGUCCAGAAGCCCAUCACCUCACAUCUAUUACUCCCCCACUGGAAGAUGAGCCAAAAGAAAGGUUCUUGCCAUUGUUUCUCACUACAUCCACUGGAUUGGUUUUUGAGUAUCGAAUACAGAAACAUUCAGGUACAGCUCAAGAGAACCAAAUUUCAGAAGCAUGGCUAAAUCAUAUGCAUCCACCAAACACAAAAGUUGCAAGAGGUAUUGCUGGACUAAAAUUUCAACUUGGCAGGACAAUGUUUGUACUGGAUGAUGGUAGACUUGCAGAGUUACACAUACCUGGCCUAGGUGGUGAAAAUUCAGGACCGACGCAUCAAUUUAACAUGCGAAAGAAAUCAUCAUCUAAGUAUGUUUGGUCAAUAUUGGAUGCCCCUGAGACAGAAGGAUGGAAUGCAGACUAUUGUACAGAAGAACGUGGACCUAUGAAUUGCAUAGCAGGUAUAAAAGAUGAACCAAAUGAUUCAGGAACUACAAGAUUACUGACAAGGAGGAGAAAGGGUAACAAAGCACAACAGGAGUACUUAUCUCUACGCACAUCCAGGAGUAGAUUAGUGAAAACAUCAGAAGAAAAUAAUUUCCCAGACAACUGGAUCAACUCAAACUUCCGAUUAAGGGUGAUGUACGGAGGCAUAUCAUUCUUUGUAAUAACAGAUGGUGGUUUAACCUUCGAAUAUCUUUAUACUGAAAGUGUAUGGCUCUGGUUAAGACAUGAUCAUUCAACACCUAUGAGAGGAGCCCUAGGAAACUACAAUGGAAGUUUAUUUUUUGUUGACAUGUAUGGAACCUUGCUUAUCAGAGAAAGCAGCAACAAUGAGCUAACAUGGAUAAAUUGCACUGCAAUGAGGAAGGGAAGGCAAGUUAUUGGGGGCCCUCCUUGGGAUGGUAUGCCAGGUAAAAAUAUGAAAGUCACAGCAGAAGAUGCACUGUUCUUUGUGAGCAAAAGCGGAAGGCUGCUGCAGUUCACAGUUGCCCUGAGGCAGUUCAAAUGGAAAGAUUGCGGAAACCCUCCAGAAACCAAACUUGCAUGCAUAAUAGAUCAAGAAAUAUUCAGGGAAAAUAUAGUGUUUGUUGUUGGAAGAAAUGGCCGGCUCUACCAGUAUAACAAAGUGACUGAGUUGUGGCAUGAGCAUCACCAAUCUCAGCAUUUGGUUCUGUCCAGGUUGCCAGGAACUGCUAUGAGGCCAUCAUUGUUGUCACUAACAGGCUCACUUUUCAUGCUUUCAGAAGAUGGUGGACUAGUUGAAUAUCACUGGAAUGCAUGGGAUGGUUGGAACUGGGUGGAACACGGCACUCCAUGCAAAGAUGUUACCUUGGUUGGUCCACCCGGCCCAUGUUUCGAAGGCAAUCAACUGUUUUUGAUUGGUUCAGACGGAAACUUAUACCUAAGGUACAUGGACCAAUUGACAUGGAGAUGGAAAAACUGUGGCUUCCCACGUAAUGGAGACAAAGAUCAAACAGAAACGGGAGCCCAUGAUGCACAGCAAGAAGUUUGUAUCGAUAACGAUAUCACAGCUAGUUUAGGUAACAAUAUGGAGAAUCCAAAUGAUCCCCACAGAAACUGUGACCCCAAGGUUGCUGCUACAAGACCAAUUCCAUUCUCUGAAGAUACAGUUAUCUUUGAGCUAAAAGAUGGCAGAUUGGCGGAAAUUCAAAAUGUUGAAGACACGCAAUGGGUUUGGGUACGGAUCAUCGGCACUCCAACAAGCUUAUGCACAGCAAGUUAUUGGACUGCUUUGGCAGCAUGAAAAUUUAUACCCGCAAAAAUAUAUGAGCUUUUUCUUCUUUCUUUUUUACUCUUACGAUUAUUACGUGGCAGCACUGAUUAGAACUUGGGAAUAAAUUUGAAUGUAUAUUAAAAAAUGCACAAAACUACAAAAAUUUACACAUAUAGACAAAUCGUAAUUUUAGAAUUUUACCUUUUCGGAUGCAAAUCUUUUUUUUCGAUUUUGUGUUUAUUUUCUGUCUCUAUUCCAAAAUCAUAUCAUCUACUCCAAUUAUUGAAAUCAAUAUUCUAUCAUAAUUAUAAAUACCAUAAAAUAUAUUAUGAUAUUAAUAAAAAAGGAUAUAUUUAAUUAAAUAUUAAAAAUAAAAUAUAUCAUGUCAGUACAAUUAUAUCAUAACAUAUAUAUAUAUAUAUAUAAUUAUUUUAUAUGUAUAAAUAUUUUUUUUUCAUAACUUAUCUAAUGAAUACUCAAAAUUAAACAAAAAAAAAAGAAACGAAGAGCAGGAAAAAAAAAUCAGAAACCAAGAAAAACCGUCGAGUGUGCCUCCAUUUCUUUGUGGAUUGAAAGUAGAAGAUUGAAGGUAAGGAAGUUUGGUUGAUUGGUGCGAUCUGAUAAAACAUUCUUGCUUCCGACAGAUUUUAGUUUCAAGUCCCUCAGUUUUCUUUUCUUUUCUUUCCUUCCCCUUUCCUCUGUCUUUUUAAUCUCUUUCACGGUUUCUUCCCUUUGAGCAUUUUGAUUCAGAUUUUGAAAGUUCGGUUCCGUGUUUCUCUUCUCUUCGCUUCUUGGAUUCAAGGGAUAGAUGUGUAACUUCUUCGAUUCUGCUCUAUUUCUCUCUCUCUGAAUCCUUUUUUUGGGAUUUUUACAAUGAUAGAAGCUUCUAAUUUAACGUCUUCAAUGGAAUCAUAUUAUCUUUUUUUUUAAAAAAAAAUUACGAUUUUUCUUUGCGUUCAUUCUUACUUAUUUUCUUCUUUUAAAACUUAAAAAGCCAAAAAGUGUCAUCGUUUUCAGGCCUGUUGUUCCUUUUUUUUUUUUCUUGUUUGUCUGCAAAAUCCGUUAACCGAACAUCAAUGGUGGUUUCUGGAGAUAGUACCAGUAGUGGGCUAAAAACGACGACGUUUUGGGGGUGGUUGUUGGUGGGAAUCGGAUCCGUCGUCUUGCCUGGAUUUCUCUUCACUGCUAUGAUCUCGAAGCUUCUUCCGCCGUCAAAUAAUCAUAUUUUUGCAGCCAUCCAAAACGACAGCCAGACAAGAAAUCACCGUCAAGAUCAUUUGGGAUAGUUUGCUUUUAUGAUAUGAGUGUUUCGGAGGUAUUACUGCUACUUGGUGCCCUUGACACUUCCAGUUCUUGUGGUUGCUGUAUAUUUCCAUUGGCUUAGCAUGAAAUUAUUUAAGCAUGCAUGACAUCUGUGGCAACCACCAAUGAGAGGAAGACUGAGGUAGUUUGCUCCAUAAUGGCGACUCUGGACAUAUGAGUGAUAGAGAGUGUUUUUGUUCUUCUUGUUGUUGUUUUCUUGUGUGUGUAAAUAGGAAGUUAGCAGGUAGUAGAGCUAAAUUAGAUGGAACAUAUUAGAGACUCUUAUAAUAAUUCUGUCUUUGCUGUUUGAUAUGUAAGUCUCAUUUGUAGUCACAAUGCAAUGAGAAGCUUUCAUUUGUUUGCUUCAACUGCUUAUAUAUUAAAUCCAAUGCUCCAAAAAGAGUGAUCUUCAGUCCUU